AAAGGAAAACUCUUUAAAUCAGGGGGUGGGUCGAAUUAACAGUUACUAACAGUAAAACUUUCCACCGCCUUUUAUUGGAUGAAUAUUAACUAAGAGUAAUUUACUCGCAAUAUCUUUUUCCAAGAAGUGGUGAACGUUCUUUACUAGUCGAUACCUUUGAAUGGAUCACUACACUUUCGAUUUCACUCCGUUAUUCGAUUUUCGUUUUUAGAGCACUUUGCCAACUUAGUGCUGACAUAACUGGACAAAUAUGAGGUGCUUUUCGUGGUGCUAUAUCAGCGUGUUUUUGCUCGUAUUAUGGGCAGUGGACGAGUGCUUAGGACAAUUUUUCGGUGACCCGGGAUGGGGGGCACCGCCAAUUAGAAAGAAACAUCGUGCGAAACCAGGAUUCAAGCAAAAUUAUGACUCUAAUAUUGAAAAAUAUCUACGGAAAGCUAAGACUGUUAGACAUUAUUAUGUUGCUGCUAUUGAAGUUGAUUGGGAUUAUGCUCCUGGAGGAAAUUUACUCGGUGAAAGGGCAGAAGACUUGUCAAAGAGAUAUUUUCAAGUCAGUCAAAAUCCCUUACGUCUGGGCAAGGUGUACAAGAAAGCUAUUUACAGAGAAUUCACCGAUGAGACUUAUACUAUAAUGAAAGCCCGUGAGCCAUGGCAAGGUAUCCUCGGACCAACUAUCAGAGGAGAAGUAGGUGAUAUGGCCAUCGUCCACUUCUGGAACAAUGCCUCCAUGCUUCUUUCUAUGCAUCCUCACGGUUCUCGAUACAUCAAGGUUCACGAAGGAGCUCUUUAUGAGGAUGGUACUGGACCACAGGAUAAAGUGGAUGAUAUGGUACCACCAAAUGGACGACAUUCUUACCACUGGUUCUUCAUUCCUGAAGAUGGUCCUAGUCCUACUGAUCCAGAUUGUCUCACAUGGAUGUACCAUUCUCACAGGAAUGCUGAUACUGAUAUUCAUGCUGGUCUUCUUGGGCCACUCAUCGUCUGUAGACCAGGCACUUUAGAUAUGUAUGACAGACCUAGAAAUGUGGACCGAGAUUUCAUUCUCGUUUUUAUGAUUUUCGAUGAAAAUGAUAGUUUAUACAUUGAUGAAAACAUUGACAGAAUGGCACCACACUUAACAGAAGAGGAGAGACGAAGAAUUAGAGCUGACAUUAGUUUUAGAAGAUCUAAUAUGAUGUUUUCUGUAAAUGGUAUGAGCUUCGGCAAUCUUAGAGGACUGGAUAUGUGUUUGGGAGACAAAGUAGGUUGGCACGUCGUCGGAAUGGGUAAUGAAGUUGAUGUUCACAGUAUCAGUUUCGAAGGCCAAGUCUUCACAAUAAAUGGAAUGACAACUGAAAUCAUUAGCGUUUUCCCUGCUAAGUUUGUAACAAGUCUGAUGAUAGCUAGCAGAGAAGGUACCUUUCCAUUUAGGUGUGAAGUCGGUUUGCAUGGAUUAGCUGGUAUGGAAUCAGUAUUUUCUAUCAGCCGUUGUCCACAUUCCAGACCAGUUGUUACAAAUCUGAAUGGUGUAACAAGAAAUUAUUACAUAGCUGCGGAGGAAGUUGAAUGGAACUAUGGGCCAUCAGGAAUAAACAAGUUUAAUGGUGUACCAUUAGUAGAAGAUAGAGCUGCUUCCAUUUUCUUUGUACGAAAUGAAACAAGAAUAGGAGGAACAUACAGAAAGGUUGUUUAUAGAGAAUAUAGUGAUGCAUCCUUCACGCUGAAAAAAGUUCGGGGUGAAGAUGAAACUCACCUUGCAAUGUUAGGACCUACCCUCAGGGGAGAAGUUGGUGAUGUCAUCCGAGUCACAUUCCUCAACGCAGCCACUAAGCUGUAUAAUAUGCAUACCCAUGGAGCUUUUUACGAACCAGAAACGCUGCCUGUCGAACCUGGCACCACUAAAAUUUACACAUGGACAGUAGCAGAGCAAUACGGACCAACCCAUACAGAUCCAGAAUGUUUAACGUGGCGAUACUAUUCAAGUGUGGAUGUUGAACGUGAUAUGUGGGAUGGUUUAAGUGGUAAACUUUUAACAUGCAGGAAAGGAACACUUGAUAGGAGUGGAAAACAGAAAUAUGUGGAUAAAGAAUUUGCUCUGUUGUUUUCUGUCAUGGAUGAAAGUUUAUCACAUUAUUUGCCAGAAAAUGUAAUGCAAUAUGCAUAUAGACCAGACCUUGUCAAUACAUCAGAUCCUAUGUUUAUCGAAUCAAACCAAAUGCACUCUAUCAACGGCAGAGUUUGGGGAAAUCUUGAAGGUCUUAGAAUGUGCGUUGGAGACAAAGUAAGCUGGCAUCUUGCUACAUAUGGAAAAGCUAUAGAUAUACACACACCAUACUUCCACGGCAACACUUUCCAAAUAAGUGGUAAAUUCAGAGAUGCUAUCAGUGUAGCACCAAGCACACAUUACACAGUUGUUAUGCAUGCUGAUAAUCCUGGUACAUGGGCUUUAGACUGCCGAAUAAACAAUCAUUUUGCUGGAGGUAUGAGAGCUAUUUACCAUGUAGAAGAUUGUGGUCACGGAUUAUAUCCACCAAGGCAGAUCUUUUAUGAUCAUAAGAAAGUUAGAGAAUAUUUCAUUGCAGCAAUAGAAAUCGAAUGGGACUAUGCACCCAACCCUAGGCACAUAAUUGAUGGUUCUAAUCUAUUAGAAAACGAAGAAAGUCGACCAUUUGUAGAGAAUGGGCCACAACGUAUUGGCAGAAUAUACAAAAAAGCAGUCUUCCGAGAAUUCACUGAUUCCUCUUUUACUCACAUGAAACCGAGAGGAAGAGAUGAACAGCAUUUGGAGCUCAUUGGUCCAUACAUCAAAGCUGAAGUUGGCGAUCUCAUUCGAGUUGUGUUCAAGAACUUGGCAUCAAGACCCUACAAUAUCCAUCCCCACGGAGUCUUGUUAGAAAAGUACGAGUCCUACGCAGAUGCUCUGGGUGAAGACGAAGAACCAGUGGCUCCAGGUGACACACAUGUUUAUGAGUGGCCAGUACCAGAACGAGCUGGACCAGGAAGAAAUGGAUUCAACUGUUCUUCAUGGGCUUACUAUUCAGCUGUGGAUGUUGUGAAGGAUACCAACUCUGGUCUUGUUGGUCCUUUAAUAACAUGCAAGCCUGGUACUUUGACAUCCAAAGGACGACGAAGAGAUUUAGAUCAUGAAUUUGCUGUUCUAUUUACCAUCUUCGAUGAGAAUAGAAGUUGGUACAUCCAAGAAAAUACUUAUAAGUAUGCCACCAGGCCGGAAACAGUAAAUCCUUUGGAUCCUGGUUUCAUUUUAAGUAACAGAAUGCACGCUGUGAAUGGUAGACUGUAUGGAUCUUUGGAUGGUCUUGUUGCAAGGCGGAACACAUUGGCUGCAUGGUAUCUCAUAGGUAUGGGAACAGAAGUAGAUAUGCACACUGCUCACUUCCACGGUCAGACCUUCCUACGUCGAACAGACAGUACUCGACGUUCUGAUGUCGUUUACCUUUUCCCUGGUGUGUUUGAAACGGUAGAAAUGAUUAUGGAUAAUCCUGGUACAUGGAUCCUGCAUUGUCACGUAGACGACCAUAUGAGAGCGGGCAUGGCGGUCACCUACACCGUGGAGCGCUGACACAACUAACUCUUAAAUAAUAUUUGUAUAAAUUACUAAUAUGGAUUAUUUUUUACAAACUUGAGCAAAAUUAAUAGGAGAUUAAAUGCUGAUUUUUAUGAAAAACUCUCAACACAUGGGGACUUUUACGUCAAAGUGAUUGAACACAGCAUCUGUCUUUUGAAACCGUCUUCUGUUUACCUCAAAAUAAGAAAAUGCGAUAGUGUUUCAGAAAUUUAGUCUGACUCAAUUUUUCAACGUAAAGUGAAUAUGUAAAAUAUUUAUAUUAGGAGCUUGUUACUCAUAAAACUAUUCUUGUAUAUAUUUUCUUAUGCAUACAGUAAAUGCAAAUUAAAAAAUUAAUCCUUGAAAAUAUAUGUAUUUAUUUUGCAACAUUUUUUGAAUUCAAAGGCCGUGUAUAAGUUUGAUAUUUAUUUUAAUAUGAAGCUCAAUAUUUAAUAAAGAAAUUAGUAAGAGUUUUAAUCAAAAUCAGCUUGUGUGAAACGCUAGCUCUUUCACAUGAAAAUAUUAUAUACUCACAAAAUAUUGUAGAAUAAAAGUAGAAAUAUUAAGAAUAAAUUCAUGAAGCUAAUAAUAAGUGACAUUUUUACUCUCUGUGUUUACUGACAUAGAAGUUAUACCAAAGAAACACUCACCUUUUUAACUCAAAAUUUAUAUUUAUUAUUAUAUCUUUAUUUUAAAUUUAUUUUUUUAUUCUAAAUAAAUUUAAAACAAAGGACUAUAAGUUUAUUUGAAAGCAAUGCUACGCAUUUUUAACAUUCCAGGCUCAUUUUUUUGCUUCAUUAAAAAUAGAAACUGUUUGAAAUUUAAUGCCACAUUCUUAAAAAUUUUAAAAGUAACAAUUUUAAAGUGCAAAUCUGUAAUCUUUUAUUCUGUCAAAAUAAUUCUACCUAAUUAAACAUUUCAGUAUGUCCUUUUUGAUGUAAAUUUACAGUCCUGGGUAAAAUAAUAUUGAUUAGUCUUACUGAGAUACAGACUUUUUAUAUGCAAGUUUUUAUAUGCGAAUUUAAAUAACCGAAGCUAAUCGAACCAGUUUUAACUUUAAAAAUUCAGCUUUUUGUAUGUAUCUCAAUGUGCCAAAUAUAUCAGCCUCAAUCUCUAUUACUGUAAUAAGUCUCACAAAGUCAAGUUUAAAUAGUACAGUUAUGUUUAGUUUGUACAAUACUCCUCUUUGUACUGUCGCUACUACUUAUGAUAUACUGCAAUUGAAUUGGAAAAUGAAGUUUUAUGUAGACAUUGUAAAAAAGUACAUAUGAAGCAGAUUAUUUGCUUGAGAUUUCACUACAGUGUUUAUUUAUAUUUUAUAUGAUUGUAUGAGAGUGUAUGUUAGAAGUAUCAUGUUUUUCAAUUCUUUGAGUCCAGUUUAGCAUCAAAAAUAGAGUUUUGAUGCUCACAUGGGCUCUUUGAGAAUUAAAACACAUGAUUAUGUAAUUUAUAUUUGUUUCUAGUAUUACUUGGUUUAGAUACCUAUGUAUUUUCUAUUGUCAAUAAAAUUAACUCUUAAGAUAAA